AUGGCCAGUUCAAUUAAUAGCACUGGUAAUGGUUAUAACUUUAAAGUGGUGUUACUCGGCGAAGGAUGUGUUGGAAAAACUUCUAUUGCAUUACGAUACGUUGAAAACAAAUUUAAUGAUAGACAUAUCAGUACACUACAGGCUUCUUUUUUAAACAAAAAAUUGACUGUACAUGGCAAAAAAGUAAACUUGGCAAUAUGGGAUACAGCUGGUCAAGAAAAAUUUCAUGCAUUGGGACCAAUUUAUUAUAGAAUGUCAAACGGUGCCAUUAUAGUUUAUGAUGUUACUGAUUACGAUACGUUUCAGAGGGUAAUAAAUUGGGUUACAGAGCUUAGGAAAAUGCUAGGCAGUGGAAUCUGUUUAGCAAUAGCUGGAAAUAAAGUAGAUCUUGAAAAGGAUAGACGUGUUUACACUGAGGAAGCUGAAGAGUUUGCUAACAAAACUGGAGCUAUGCACUUUCAUAUAUCUGCCAAACUAAAUGAAAAUAUUGAAGAAAUGUUUUUUCAAUUAACAUUGCGCAUGAUAGAACAUGCAGAUCUUAUGGAACAAAAGUCUACAUUAUCAAGAACAAGUAGUAUACGCCGCAAUGUUGUUGUAGUUGAAGAUGAAGCUGAAGAAACUGAACCAACUAAGAGUUCCUGUUGUAGUGCACUAUCAUCACCAACCACUUCUACAAUACCAUAUCUUGAUAUAUCAAGAUAAUCUUCUUCAUCCGCAAGUUCACCAUCCAAUGCAGCAAGAUCCUCUGCUACUCAGCAUGAAAGAUUUUAUUCGAUAA